AUGAGUGCUGACUGCGUCGAUCUACCACAGACGGCGGGCACUUGUGAUACCAGCCAGCUGUUGCCUCCUGACCUUGCUCGCUGCAUCAUGGACCCUGAGCAGAUAUUCCCAUCUGGUUUUUUGGCAUGUGCCCCGGCAGGUCCUGAAGGUGCCAACCGAGAUGAAUAUAUCAAGCUUGUUCACCGGCAGCUGCAAUGUGGCAAGAUCCGGCUGCGGAGACAGUGCCGUGCAGUGGGAGAUGUGUUUUGCGUGGCAAAGUCAACUCCCGGAAAGCAGCGGGAGGUUUGGAACGGCUCUCAGGCUGGUGUUGCAGAAGAUGCAUUCAUGAGCUUAGAUUCUCCGCCGCCCUCAGGCGUGGAAGCCUGCGGCGUUGCCACUGAUGACACUUUCUUCUUCCACAAAGACAAGCAAGCUGGCGCUGAACGGCUCCGCCGGCUAGACAAAGUUUUUGAAGAGAGAGGCAUGCCAAAGAACCAAGCGAAAGAUGUCACGCUGCAACCAGCCAUGACAGCUUUAGGAUGCGAAUUGACAACUCAACCGCCAGCAGCUGAACCUGCAUCGUCCAAACUGGUGCGCUUGUUUGCUGCUCUGUUGGAUCUUUUUCUGCAAGGACAGGUUUCACCUUCUGGCCUCAACCGUGCGCUGGGAGUAGAACAGUGGUUUUGCUUGCUCAACCGGCCAAUGUUCAGUGUUUUCAGUGCUGUGUGCGAUUUCGUAAGGCGCGAGCCACCAGAAAGUAUACAGUUUUUGCCAGAAGAUGUACAGUCUGAGAUUUUGGUUGCAGCUGCUUUUGCGCCGCUUCUCGGAGCAGAUCUUGGGCGCGAUUUUUUGCCGCAGCUCAUUGCCUGUGAUGCUGCAGGAACACAUGGUUUUGGUGUGAGCUACAUGCCAUGUUCCCAGCAGCUCGUGCGCAGCGUGAGUUCACUGUCGGAGAGACGUGGUGAUUUUGUUCGUUUUUUCCAAGAGCCCGAUGAGCCUUGUCGCAAAGACCGGUUGGGGACACCACACGAAUUACCUUUUCACAAGUGGCAGUUUCACACCGCAAUCUCAGCAAAGGCAAGGUGGAAGGCUCAUGCAGGGCUUCUGGAAGCCCAUGGUUUGCAUAUAGCUUUGAAGUGGGCAUUGCGAUCAGCAGUGCGCUUUCACCGUCGAGUGGUAGUACUCAUAGAUGCCAAAGCCAUUCUGGGUGCUGCCAGCAAAGGCCGCAGUUCGGCUCCUGGAAUCAGAGGCGUGUUGCGAAAGAUUGGCAAUUUGCUGAUGGCGACAAAUUCUCUUCUCAGAUUUGUUUACAUCCCGUCAGAAGACAACCCUGCGGAUGCACCUUCCCGUGGGAUUGUGAGGCGUGUACGAAACAGAUCUCGGAAAGGUCUAAACGUUCCAGGAUGA